GCUGUUCCAUGCCGCUAGGAAUGGAGAGCAAAUCCAUUCUUAAUGAACAGAUUACUGCCUCGUCUUGGGUUGACAAUGUGUUUGCUACUUGGUCUCCCUUUUUGGCCCGGCUCAAUUUGAAAGGAAGAAUAAAUGCAUGGAGACCAGAGGUUGACAGCACAGCGGAGUGGCUUCAGGUGAACUUUAAGAAGAUCGUACGGGUGACAGGAUUGAUAACUCAAGGCGCCAAAUCUGCCUUCACCCAUAUGUUUGUAAAGGAGUUCAGUCUUUCCACCAGCAUAGAUGGCCAAAACUGGACAUCCGUCCUUCAACACGGGGAGAAACAGGUUUUCCAGGGAAAUCACGAUUAUUUCCAGCCUGUGAUGAACUUUCUGGAUGUCCCGUUCUUUGCCAAAUAUUUGAGGAUACACCCACUCAAGUGGAACAAACAUAUUGCCCUGAGGAUGGAGGUGUUGGGCUGCGACAACGAGCAGACAGAUUCCUAGUCAAGAUCAAACCAUCUUUGGCUUUUGCUGCAAACGCUCAAACAAGUAGAAUAUUCUCCUGCCCAGCCCACCGCAAUGCUGUACAUAUAUCGUCAUAAAAUAUACUUCCAUUACUCUUGUAUUUUUUGCCAAUGGUGUUUGGCUGCAUAAGGAGCAACGUGAAGGCACUGCAAAAUGUUGCAAUGGUAUAUAUAUAGCCCGUGACAUGUGUCAAGUGUGGGUUUUGUUAGGAUCGUACUGUGGAAUUGAGGAACAGCGAUAUUUCUUCGCUCGCAAACUUUGUGCGGGAUUUCUUAGAGGCCAGGACAUUAGCUGCAUGAAUUCCUAUGAUGGGCUUUGCAUUUUUUGGUGGUGGGAGGGAGGAUUUGAAACGAGCACUUUCUUCCCCACGGUCACUGUUCUCGUGAUGGUUCAUCAAGAGAGGUUUUUAAGAAGAAAUUAAGACAGCCACUUGUCUCAAAUUGUAUAGGGCCUCCUGCUUGAGCAGUGGUCAGACUAGAAGACCUCCAAGGUCCCUUCCAGCUCUGUUCUGAUUGGUUGGUGGUCUUCCCAAAGAUACCACUGAUAUCUAAAGAAGAAGCUAGCACUAUCCGCAACAGCUCCUACUGACCAAGGAAAGAGGAAAUGUUUCGUUUUGGGGAUACCUGAGCAUAGAUCUUAAUUGUUGAGUAUUUGCUAGCCUCCAACAUUUUGAAGAAGCUCCUUUGAGAGCUCCAACAGAAAGCUCCUGGAAAGCAAAUUAACCUGUAGAGGCCAAAACAUCCAGUCAACCUGUCUUGAAGUCAACCAUAGAUUUAUCCUUUUACUAGAACCAGCCAUGGCUUGACGUUGGACUACAAAAAGUCUUGUAGGUUGUGAUGGAUCGGAAUUGUCAUCUGUCAAAUCAAAAAAGCUGUUCAAUUAAAAAAAAUUGUU